UACUCCGUACUACCACGGUAUGUACCUGGGUGACGAGCUACUACAUAGCGAGGCAGACGCGAUAGGCGCGUCUCCGACCAGCUUCACAGACGGCGGACAGCAACCCUACAACCACACUCGGUCUUGCACAGCUUUAGCACACAGAUCUUGGGCGCAAAUUCUUACAAACGGACUCGGCAUUCAUUAAUUAGCCUAUUGCUCGCCGGCCAAGUGCGCUGGGCCACCUGCUAGCUGCCACCUACAUGGCCGACUGAAGCGCCCGCCUGGUUGGAUUUUGGUAUCCACAAGCCUCACACCAGCCUUGCACCGUACCAUGCUUCGCCGCCCGCCCACGGUCUUGACCCUCACAUCCGAGGAUGUCAAGGCGUACGAGGACCACCGGGAGGCCGAGGCCUUCCAGCACGCCACCGCCGCCGCCCAGCUAAGGAGGCAGCAGCAGCUGUCCCGCAACAUGAGCGGCAUGGACAUAACCGGCAUGACGACCUCGAGCGACGACGAGGACUACUCCGAGCAGGACGCCUCCUACUACCCAAACCGCACGUACAGCCAGAACCCAAGGGUGUCGCGAGAGAACAUCGAGGGCCCGCUUGACAGCGGCAUCUUCCGUAACGAGGAGGACCCAGACGACUACCAAGACGCGUCCGACGGCGGCCUGGCCCAACAAGAGGGCUUCAUCGAGGACCUUCACAUGCCCGAGGCUGGCCAGAUGGACCUUGACGCCGAGCAGACCGACAACGAUGACAACAGUGACAUACCCGGCGCCGCCGUCCCGAACCUACACCACACUCAGCCGCAGCAGCCGCAGCAGCAACAACAAUCCAUGUUCCCCUCGCCACCGCCUGCGCCACCGCGGCUGACCAGGUCUACUAGGUCAGCCAGCACAGAGCUUUCCUCGUCCCAGGCCCAUCAGCAGCAGGCCCACGCGGGCCGACCCCCUCGCGGACCCGGCGCCGCCCAGACGCACCGCCGAGCGCCGUCCGGAAGGGCACCAGCGGCAGAUGCGACCACGCCCACCCCCGCCGCGGAAACGGUCCGUUCGAGGACCACGCGGAGCCGUGACGAGAGGAUUGGGGUUGCCCGGGGUGGCAGGCGCUAAGGAGGGGCGGGCGUUGUUUAUUUCGCGGCCGAGACAACCGCUUAGGCCGUCUCAGCACCAUCGCACCCGCGGUUCUCGCUUUAGGAUUACGCAGGAGCGCCUUUAAACACCUUGGCCCGGAACGAAGCCGGCACACAGGCAUAUUCUAGCAGUUUGGACAUGCAUGGAUGAAUAACAUGAUUGCUGAGCGCUGCUAGCAUGCCAAGUCGAGGCUAUUAUCAAAAGCAUAGGUAGUGGUUCAAUAGCGUCAGAGCGCCGGGGGGGGGGGGGUCGGCAUCGGUCUGUCGUCGGACAGGAUAUUUCUAAAGCCAAUUGGUUUGUAAGUCUGGCCUAGCGAUACGACAUGGAGGCUUUUUGGAGCCCUGCCUCGCUACAAAGAGCGCCGUGUGUGAUAUUUCGCAGGCUGUUUUCUGCUUCCCACACAGACUACGACUGUGCUUUACUCCAACCCUUACGCAGCUACCAACCUUGCAACCGGGCCAUCAACGGGUGAUCGAAGUCAAGGGGGUGAAGACUUACCAUAAUGUGCCUAGCAAAUUGAAUCCACCAUCCUGCGCGUCACGGGGGGAGCUCUGUGAUAUGCCUCUAGCCCUGGACCUUAGAAGGCCCCGGGAUCCAUCGCGCCAUGAAUCAACUACCAGUGCGACGACACCAUGGCCUUGCAGCAGGCAAAGGUUGACAAGCAAUUACUCGGCAAGAG